AAGCGCGCGAUGUGUUUGUGUAUCCUCGGUGUUUUUCUCUCUUGCGUGUUUCAUUGAGUGUAAACGAAGUAUUGUCUCGGUGAAUUUUAUUGUAAAGACGAUGCAGGACACUACAGUGUGUGACAGUAAACCGAGCUUACAGGAGGAUCAAACCUCCACAGAGUCUCUGGAUUAUGUCUGUAACGCUGGAGAACAGCAGCAGAUCCCGCAGACCAAACUGAAGAUGUGUUCAGUUAAACUCAUCGACUGCAGGAACCUCAUGAUGAAUAUUAAAACUGAACCCACAGAAAUCAAAACUGAACCCACAGAAAUCAAAACUGAACCCACAGAAAUCAAAACUGAACCCACAGAGAUCAAAACUGAACCAACAGAAAUAAAAACUGAACCCACGGAAGAGGAAGAUCGCACUGAUCAAGAUGAUGAUUUUAUUCCAUCAGAUGUGAAGAGUGAUUCAUGUUUGGAUAUAGAAAUAACGUCCUCAACAUCAAAAGAGCGAAUGACAGCACAAACUCUUUCCUGCAUCACCUGUGGAAAGACAUUCAGCUCACAGAGACAUUUAGAGAGACAUGAGAGAAAACACACAGAACAGAAACUCUUCACCAGAUCUGAGAUCAGCUUUACUACCUUACAAGAGAAGAAACUUCAUUCAGAAGACCACAGAGAGAAGAAGAAGAAGAAGAAAAAGAAGAAGCAGUUUCACUGUGAGCAGUGUGGGAAGAUUUUUGGCUCUUCUUCUAAUCUAAAAGUUCACAUGAGGACACACAGCGGUGAAAAGCCUUUCAACUGCACUGAAUGUGGAAAUUCCUUCAAAAACAAACAACAUCUUAAAAUUCACCAGAGAGUUCACACUGGAGAAAAACCUUACGAGUGUCCUCACUGUGAGAAGAGAUUUCGCUGUAAAUAUAAUCUGAAGAGACAUGUGCUUUCACACACCAAUGAGAGACCGUAUCAGUGCAGUGAAUGUGGAAAAACCUUUAGGGAUUCACGCUCAUUAAAAAAACACGAGAAUACUCACAAUAAAGAGAAACUCUAUCAUUGUUCACACUGUGAUAAACGUUUCUUUCAUAAAUAUCAGCUGAUAGUCCAUCAGAGAAUUCACACUGGAGAGAAACCUUACAAAUGCUGUCAGUGUGGAAAGAACUUCACUAGUUCAUCUAAAUUCAGAGAUCAUCAGAGAGUUCAUACUGGAGAGAAACCUUAUCAAUGUAGUGUCUGUGGGAAGAGUUUUAGUCGCGGGUAUACAUUACUAAAUCACAAGAGAAUUCAUACAGGUGAAAAACCUUUCAAAUGCUCUCAGUGUGACAUGACGUUUUCUCAUUCAGGUCACUUCAAAAUCCAUCAGAGAGUUCACACUGGAGAGAAACCUUACGUCUGCUCUCACUGUGGAAAGAACUUCAUUAAUUCAUCUCAUUUCAGAGUUCAUCAGAGAGUUCAUACUGGAGAGAAACCUCAUCACUGUAAUGUUUGUGGGAAGAGUUUUAGUCAAGGGUCUUCAUUACUAAAGCACAAAAGACUUCAUACAGGUGAAAAACCUUACAAAUGCUCUCAGUGUGACAAGACGUUUGCUCAGUCAAGUUCCUUAAAAUACCAUCAGAGAGUUCAUACUGGAGAGAAACCUUAUCACUGUAGUGUCUGUGGGAAGAGUUUUAGUCAAGGGUCUUCAUUAGUAAAGCACAAGAGGAUUCAUGGACCCAAUCCAUCGUGCCAUUUGCUGUUGCCAGUUAUAGGUCUCAUCACUGUAGUGUCUAUAGGUCAAACAAGAAGCCAUAUACAGCAGGAGGCGCUGCAGCUCUUUAGUCCGCAGAUAAACUCACUAAAGAAAGAAAGAAAGAGCGCGACUCUAGUACCACACUUCCAGUCCGGAUGGUGGCGUUGUGUAUCCUCGGUGUUUUUCUCUCUUGCGUGUUUCAUUGAGUGUAAACGAAGUAUUGUCUCGGUGUAUUUAAGUGUUAAGACGAUGCGGGACACUGCAGUGUGUGACAGUAAACAGAGCUUACAGGAGGAUCAAACCUCCACAGAAUCUCUGGAUUCUGUCUGUAACGCUGGAGAACAGCAGCAGAUCCUGCAGACCAAACUGAAGAUGUGUUCAGUUAAACUCAUCGACUGCACGAACCUAAUGAAGAAGAUUAAAACUGAAUCCACAGAAAUCAAAACUGAACCAACAGAAAUCAAAACUGAACCAACAGAAAUAAAAACCGAACCCACAGAAAUCAAAACUGAACCCACAGAAAUCAAAACUGAACCCACAGAAAUCAAAACUGAACCCACAGAAAUCAAAACUGAACCCACGGAAGAGGAAGAUCGCACUGAUGAAGAUGAUGAUUUUAUUCCAUCAGAUGUGAAGAGUGAUUCAUGUUUGGAUAUAGAAAUAACGUCGUCAACGUCAAAAGAGCGACUGACGGCACAAACUCUUUCCUGCAUCACCUGUGGAAAGACAUUCAGCUCACAGAGACUUUUAGAGAGACAUGAGAGAAAACACACAGAACAGAAACUCUUCAGCAGAUCUGAGAUCAGCUUUACUACCUUACAAGAGAAGAAACUUCAUUCAGAAGACCACAGAGAGAAGAAGAAGAAGAAGAAGAAGAAGAAGCAGUUUCACUGUGAGCAGUGUGGGAAGAUUUGUGUCUCUUCCUAUAAAUUAAAUGUUCACAUGAGGACACACAGUGGUGAAAAGCCUUUCUACUGCACUGAAUGUGGAAAAUACUUCAGAACCAAAGAAAAUCUUCAAGUUCAUCAGAGAAUUCAUACAGGUGAAAAACCUUACGAGUGUCCUCACUGUGAGAAGAGAUUUAGCUGUAAAUAUAAUCUGAAGAGACAUGUGCUUUCACACACCAAUGAGAGACCGUAUCAGUGCAGUGAAUGUGACAAAACCUUUAGGGAUUCAGGUUCAUUAAAAAAACACCAAAAUACUCACAUUAAAGAGAAACUCCAUCAGUGUUCCCACUGUGAUAAACGUUUCUUUCAUAAAUAUCAGCGGAUAGUCCAUCAGAGAAUUCACACUGGAGAGAAACCUUACGUCUGCUCUCACUGUGGAAAGAGCUUCUCUAGUUCAUCUAAAUUCAGAGUUCAUCAAAGAGUUCAUACUGGAGAGAAACCUUAUCAAUGUAGUGUCUGUGGGAAGAGUUUUAGUCAACAAACUACAUUACUAAAUCACAAGAGAAUUCAUACAGGUGAAAAACCUUUCAAAUGCUCUCAGUGUGACAUGACGUUUGCUUAUUCAGGUCACUUCAAAGUCCAUCAGAGAAUUCACACUGGAGAGAAACCUUACGCCUGCUCUCACUGUGGAAAGAGCUUCUCUACUUCAUCUAAAUUAAUAGUUCAUCAGAGAGUUCAUACUGGAGAGAAACCUCAUCACUGUAGUGUCUGUGGGAAGAGUUUUGGUCAACAAACUACAUUACUAUGUCACAAGAGACUUCAUACAGGUGAAAAACCUUACAAAUGCUCUCAGUGUGACAAGACGUUUGCUCAGUCAAGUUCCUUAAAAUACCAUCAGAGAGUUCAUACUGGAGAGAAACCUUAUCACUGUAGUGUCUGUGGGAAGAGUUUUAGUCACGGGUCUUCAUUACUAAAGCACAAGAGGAUUCAUGAACCCAAUCCAUCGUGCCAUUCGCCGUUGCCAGCUAUAGGUCUCAUCACUGUAGUGUUUAUAGGUCAAACAAGAAGCCAUAUCUAAACAUGACUCAAAAGCGCAUGCGUUUUCUCUGGGCCAAGGCUCAUUUAAAAUGGACUUUGGCAAAGUGGAAAACUGUUCUGUGGUCAGACAAAUCAAAAUUUGAAGUUCUUUUUGGAAAACUGGGACGCAAUUUCAUCUGGACUAAAGAGGACAAGGACAUCCCAAGUUGUUAUUAGUGCUCAUUUAAGAAACCUGCAUCUCUGAUGGUUUGGGGCUGCAUGAGUGUGUGUGGCAUGGGCAGCUUACACAUCUGGAAAGGCACCAUCAAUGCUGAAAGGUUUAUCCAAGUUGUAGAGCAACAUAUGCUCCUAUUCAGACGUCGUCUCUUUAGAGAAAACCUUGCAUUUUCCAACAUGACAAUGCCAGACCACAUACUGCAACUAUUACAACAUCAAGACUGCGUAGAAUAAGGAUCUGAAUACUGAAAUGACCCGCCUGCAGUCCAGAUCUGAAAACAUUUGGCACAUCAUAAAUAGGAAGAUGCGACAAAGAAGAUCUCAGACAGUUCAGCAACUAGAUGCCUGUUUUAGACAAGAAUGGGACAACAUUUCUAUUCCUAAACAUUGGUCCUCCUCCAGCUGUUCCUUAUAUGUACAUUUAACUUUUCCGGCCUCUUAUUGCUACCUGUCCCAACUUUUUUGGAAUGUGUAGCUCUCAUGAAAUCCAAAAUGAGACAAUAUUUGGCAUGACAUUUCAAAAUGUCUCACUUUUAACAUUUGAUAUGUUUUCUUUAUUCUAUUGUGAAUCAAAUAUAAGUUUGAGAUUUGUAAAUUAUUCCAUUCCUUUUUUACUCCCCAUUUCUACAGUGUCCCAACUUUUUCUGAUUUAAGGUUGUACAACAACGCCCUCACUUGUAUGAUGUCACAGCAGUAGGCAGCGCAAAUAUAACGACAUGCCUGUAAUCCCUCCCACUCUUAAGUAAUACUACCUCGAUCGAAAAGCUAACCAAGCCAAAGUGAAGUGAGCUGACCCGACCUGACUCGCAAAUCAGUGCGGCUCUGGCGGCCUGGUAGAGUAAUAAUUUGAAUGAAAAAUCAUUUGUAUUGUGUACAGUCGUGGCUCGACAGUGGAGUCGAGCUUGCUCAGGAAUGGCAGCAGGCAGGUGUGAGCGCAUCUGCACGCACAGUGAGGCGAAGACUUUUGGAAGAUGGCCUGGUGUCAAGAAGGGCAGCAAAGAAGCCACUUCUCUCCAAAAAAACAUCAGGGACAGAUUGAUCUUCUGCAGAAAGUAUAGUGAAUGGACUGCUGAUGACUGGGGCAAAGUCAUAUUCUCUGAUGAAGCCCCUUUCCGUUUGUUUGGGGCACCUGGGAAAAGGCUUGUCAGGAGAAGAAAAGGUGAGCGCUACCAUCAGUCCUGUGUCAUGCCAAUAGUAAAGCAUUCUGAGACUAUUCAUGUGUGGGGUUGCUUCUCAUCCAAGGGAGUAGGCUCACUCACAAUUCUGCCCAAAAACACAGCCAUGAAUAAAGAAUGGUACCAAAAUACCCUCCAACAGCAACUUCUUCCAACAAUCCAACAACAGUUUGGUGAAGGACAAUGCAUUUUCCAGAACUAUGGAGCACCGUGCCAUAAGGCAAAAGUCAUAACUAAGUGGCUCGGGGACCAGAACGUUAAAAUUUUGGGUCCAUGGCCUGGAAACUCCCCAGAUCUUAAUCCCAUUGAGAACUUGUGGUCAAUCCUCAAGAGGCGGGUGGACAAACAAAAACCCACUAAUUCUGACAAACUCCAAGAAGUGAUUAUGAAAGAAUGGGUUGCUAUCUGUCAGGAUUUGGCCCAGAAGUUGAUUGAGAGCAUGCCCAGUCGAAUUGCAGAGGUCCUGAAAAAGAACGGCCAACACUGCAAAUACUGACUCUUUUCAUAAAUGUCAUGUAAUUGUUGAUAAAAGCCUUUGAAACGUAUGAAGUGCUUGUAAUUAUAUUUCAGUACAUCAGUGAAACAACUGAAACAAAGAUAUAAAAGCAGUUUAGCAGCAAACUUUGUGAAAACUAAUAUUUAUGUAGUUCUUAAAACUUUUGGCCACAACACUACAUUUCCAACACGGGUAGCUGAGUAUGCUUUGAAAGCUGUGUGUGAGCUGGACACGGAAAAAGGUAUACUCGGCCCUUAAGUCUGCUCUCACUGUGGAAUAAGCUUCUGUUAUCCAUUUCAAUUUAGAGAUCAUCAGAGAGUUCAUACUGGAGAUAAGAUAGUGUUAAUUCAUGUUGUUUUUCAUAUUUUAUUUACACAUUUAUCAUUUUUAUCUCUUUAAUUAACUAUUUUUUAUGUGUCAAACUCAUUUUUUUUUAUAUUGUGUGCUGUGUGAUUUUACUAAUUGGUUUCAAAGUUUUAAUGUCAUGAAACCACAAUGUCAUUAAUUGUUCAUUAACUUUGCUUUGUAUAGAAACACAGUGUGUGAGGAACUGUUCAGAUUAUUCAGUAAAUGCUUUGUUCAUUUUUACAAUGAUAAUUUCUCCUGACUUCUGCUAUAGGCCUAUUCUCUGGGCUGGUAAAUUAAAGUUUAUAUAAUUA